UUCAAUUGCCGGGAAGUUAGUUUGGUCGCUAACAAAAUACGUAGAUAAAAGCGUAUGUGAUAUUUAUACCUUAAAAUUUUUGUUUCUUUAAUAUUUAUAUUAUAAAAAUAAGUUUUCAUUAAUUGUAAAAGUUUAUAAUAUUUUUAAAGUUUUUUAGUGAUUUUAGAUGGGUGACCAAGGCUUCCUAAAACAAAAAAAAGGGUUUGCUACCCUUGCCAUCCAUGCAGGACAAGAUCCAGACAAAUGGGAAUCAAAGGCUGUGGUUAUGCCCAUUGUAACAGCCACAACAUUUAAACAAACAGGACCUGCUGAAUACAAGGAAUUUGACUACAGUCGAUCUGGUAACCCAACAAGAAAUACCCUUGAGGAGUGUUUAGCGGCCCUGGAUGGAGGCAAAUAUGGUUUGGCCUUUGCAUCAGGUUUGGGAGCUGUUACCACCGUCGUGACUUUAUUGAGUCAAGGAGAACAUAUUCUUUGCUGCGACGAUGUGUACGGUGGCACUAACAGAUUGUUGAGGAAUGUUCUUGAAAAAAAUGGGAUUGAAGUAUCGUUUGCGGACUUUACAAACGUCGAAUACAUCAAGAAUUCAAUUAAGGAAAAUACAAAGAUGAUUUGGGUAGAGACGCCAACAAACCCACUUCUCAAAGUAAUUGAUAUGGAAGCGGUGGUAAAAAUCGCAAAGCCCAAAGGCAUUGUAGUUGUAGUGGACAAUACAUUCCUUACACCGUACUUGCAAAGGCCUCUUGACUUUGGUGUCGAUGUCGUCUUAUACUCCAUCACCAAGUACAUGAACGGGCAUGCUGAUGUCAUCAUGGGCGCCCUUGUCGUCAAUGAUGAUGCACUAGAGAAGAAGCUUCGCUUUUUACAAAACAGUAUGGGCAUCGUUCCUUCUCCAAUGGACUGCUACUUCGUAAGCAGAAGUCUGAAAACGCUUGCUCUACGCAUGGAACAGCACAAGAAGUCAUCUCUGAUUGUAGCCAACUGGCUCGUUAAACAUCCCAAUAUUAUCGAAGUUCUUCAUCCCGGACUUCCAUCUCACCCUCAGUACGAGAUUGCGAAACGCCAAAUGACGGGCCAUUCAGGGACAUUCAGCUUUAGACACAGUGGUGACCUUAAGGAAUCUCAAAAAUUGUUGAGAGCUCUGAAGAUGUUCAUGGUAGCUGAGAGUUUGGGCGGAUACGAAAGUCUCGCAGAGUUACCUACUCUGAUGACGCAUGCAUCAGUUCCUGAAGAACAGCGGGCAGCGUUGGGUAUUACGCAUAAUCUCAUAAGAAUAUCAGUGGGCUUAGAAGACGUCGAAGAUCUCAUUCAGGACUUAGACCAAUCGUUAAAAGUCGCAUUCGAAUAAAUUUUACAUUGUUUUAUCAUAUUUUCAUUGUAACAAUAUACAGUAUUUUGUUGAUUUAAAAAAAGUAGUUUUGAUAAAACGCUCCAUGUUAUCUCAAUUUUAUGUGUCAUUGUUUUCUUAAGAAAAAGGUUGUUGUCUAAUUGUAUUAUAAACGGGUGAUAAAGCUAUAGAUAGAUUCUAAAUCAAGAUAACUGAUAAAUAUUGUCUUUGUUUAAAUUAAUUGCAUUUACCUACGCUUUUAUUGUUUAAACGAUAAUAGAACAAGAUCAUGUAAGGUUAAAACAUGUGCAUUUUUAUGAGUAUUAUUUAAAAUGAUAUUGUAUUUUGUAGUUCACUUAUUUCCAAUGUUGUUCCUUCAAUAUUUUAUAUUGUAAUAAUUUAAGUGGUACCAAGUAUCAAAAAAUAAAUGAUUAAAUGGUUA